ACUCUUGUCUCUCUCUCCCGCUUCUCUCCUUCUUGCUCGAUUUUUCACUCCCGCAACUCCGUCGCCGCCCUCGCGAAUCUACCAAAAUCCCUAAAAGAAAUAAUCAUCGACCGAUCUAUCCCCGAAACCAUUGCGAUGGCAGUUUCUCUCUCGACUGCUCCCCCGGUACUGCAGGACCUCCUCUUCCUCCGUCCAUCUGCCGGCCGCCUUUCCUCUCUUCCGCUUCUCAGGUACUACCCACUUCACAGCCGCCGCCGCUUCCGGCGGCUCCCUUCUCGGGUCGUUCUUCGGUCAGCGUACGAUGAGGAAGUCGCGGUAACCGAGGUCUCCCCAGAGUUGGACCGAUACGUGGGGAACGGUAAUGGCGGCGCCAGAUUUGGGUACAAGGAGGUGGUUAACGGGAGCACGAACGGGAGCGUUGAGCUUUUUUUGAAUGGGAACGGGUCGACCAACGGGGGUUUGAUGAAGUACAGUGGUGAGAAUGCAACGAUUGCGGAGGAUGUGGAUAAGGUUUCUGAAGAGGCGAAGAGGAAAAAGAGGAUUGAAGACAUAGGAAAAGAGGAUGCUUGGUUCAAGAAGGAUGGGGAACAGCCCCAGGUCUCUGUUGCUCCUGGAGGGCGUUGGAAUAGAUUUAGAACUUAUUCUACAAUUCAGAGGACCUUGGAAAUAUGGGGGUUUGUUUUUGCAUUUCUUUUUAAGACUUGGCUUAACGACCAGAAGUUUUCUUACAGAGGAGGAAUGACAGAGGAGAAAAAGGUUUUGAGGCGAAAAGCCCUUGCCAAGUGGUUGAAGGAAAGUAUCCUAAGAUUAGGCCCCACAUUUAUUAAAACAGGACAACAGUUCUCUACAAGGGUAGAUAUUCUUCCACAGGAAUAUGUGGAUCAAUUGUCUGAACUUCAGGAUCAAGUACCACCAUUUCCAUCAGAAACAGCAGUCUCAAUUAUUGAAGAAGAACUUGGAGCUCCUUUGGAUGGUAUUUUUGAUCGUUUUGAUUAUGAGCCAAUAGCUGCUGCAAGCCUUGGUCAGGUGCAUCGUGCAAGGUUGAAAGGCCAAGAAGUUGUGAUUAAAGUGCAAAGACCUGACCUCAAGGAGCUCUUUGAUAUUGAUCUGAAAAAUCUGAGGGUUAUAGCUGAAUACCUUCAGAAGGUGGACCCCAAGUCAGAUGGUGCGAAGAGAGAUUGGGUUGCUAUCUAUGAUGAGUGUGCCAGCGUCCUUUAUCAGGAAAUAGAUUACAUGAAGGAAGCAGCUAAUGCAGAAAAGUUUGCUGAAAACUUCACAAAUAUGGAAUAUGUUAAGGUGCCUAAAAUAUACUGGGAGUACACCACACCACAGGUACUCACAAUGGAAUAUGUCCCAGGAGUAAAGAUAAACAGGAUAAAGCAAUUAGAUCAGUUGGGUGUUGAUCGAAAAAGGUUGGGUCGUUAUGCUGUUGAGUCUUAUCUUGAACAGAUUUUGUCCCAUGGAUUUUUCCAUGCCGACCCGCAUCCUGGGAAUAUUGCUGUUGAUGAUGUGAAUGGUGGGAGGCUCAUCUUUUAUGACUUUGGCAUGAUGGGAAGCAUUAGCUCUAAUAUUAGGGAAGGGCUACUUGAAGCAUUUUAUGGAAUUUAUGACAAGGAUCCAGACCGGGUGGUUCAAGCAAUGAUUCAAAUGGGUGUUCUUGUUCCCACUGGUGAUAUGACAGCUGUCAGAAGAACAGCUCAGUUCUUUCUUAAUAGUUUUGAAGAGCGCCUUGCAGCGCAGAGGAAAGAGAGGGAGAUGGCGAGUGCUGAACUUGGCUUCAAAAAGCAAUUGACCAAAGAAGAAAGAUUAGAGAAGAAGAAGCAGCGGCUAGCAGCAAUAGGGGAGGAUCUUUUGGCCAUUGCUGCUGAUCAACCAUUCCGUUUUCCAGCUACUUUCACGUUUGUUGUUAGAGCAUUCUCAGUACUAGAUGGAAUAGGAAAGGGACUUGACCCUAGAUUUGACAUUACUGAGAUUGCCAAACCAUAUGCCUUGGAAUUGCUUAGAUUCCGUGAAGCUGGUCUUGAGGUCAUUGUUAAGGACAUUAAGAAAAGAUGGGAGAGACAGUCAAGUGCAUUCUAUAACUUGUUUAGACAGGCUGACAGAGUUGAAAAGUUGGCACAGACGAUUCAGAGAUUGGAAGAGGGUGAUCUAAAGCUUCGAGUGCGAACUUUGGAAUCUGAAAGAGCAUUUCAAAGAGUUGCUGCUGUCCAAAAAACAAUUGGAAAUGCUGUUGCUUUAGGAAGUUUGGUAAACCUUGCAACAAUUUUAUAUUUCAAUUCUGUUCGAGUGCCUGCUAUGGCUGCAUACCUGCUAUGUGCAUUUUUUGGAGCACAAGUCCUCUUCGGCUUUCUCAAAGUGAAAAAAUUAGACCAGCAAGAGAGAUUGAUAACUGGCACUGCUUAACAUGCGAGUUUUACUGAGUACAGGUUCAGCUUGCAAUCUUAUAAAAUCUUUUCAUUUUUCUGCAUCCUAAUUUAGCUUCUUUGUUCAUUGUUUAUCAUAGCGAGUGUCCCACAGUAAGGCAGAAGUAUGUAAAUGCCGCAUAGUACUUGUAAAUAUAACAACAUUAUAACAUUCAUUUCCUAUAGAGCCAAUACACAACUUUGUAUCUAAUUUUCGUUCA